AUGGAUACGGAUGAUCCUCUGUUACAAGAUGCCUGGCUUGAUGAAGAAGAAGAUGAAGUGACUUUCCGUUCCCCUGUGUGCACUACCUGCCAUUGGACGGCUAAACCUUUGAAAGAAGGCAUACCGUCAUGUGGAUUUUGGAACAUAGUAGGUUGGAUUUUCACAAACUCUUAUUGUGCUUUCUUUCUACUGACAUUAGGCUGUUUGGUGCCUGUGGUCCUCUCAGUUAUCAUGUUUAUAUAUUAUCCAACUCUUGAUAUUGACAUUUCCUAUAAUGCUUUUGAAAUCCGGGAUCAUGAAUCUUCACAGAGAUUUGAUGCCCUUACUCUUGCUUUGAAAUCCCAGUUUGGCACUUGGGGUCGGAACAGAAGAGAUGUAGCAGACUUUACAUCUGGGACCUUGCAAAGAUUAAUCUUUGAACAGCUGCAGCAGCUCCACCUAAAUGCCUCAGAGCAAGGCAGUGCCUUGAGAGUAAAACGCAAUGCUGAGUGGCAAAACACAACUGAAAGGACUACCAACUUUACAGCCACUGAGUCUUCAAAAAGUUGGAGCUCUGCAGUCAAUCAAUCCCGUCACCCACGUGGAACCUCGAGAAAGGAGUUUCCAGGUGCUUAUGUGACCCCUAACACUCAGAGCCAUGCUCACUGGCGUAUUGAACUUAUAUUUCUAGCUAGAGGCGACGCAGAAAAUAAUAUUUUUACAAAAGAACGCUUGAUGACAAUUCACAGGAUUGAAAGGAAAGUCAUGGAUCAUCCUCGCUUUCGAGAGUUUUGUUGGAAACCUCAUGAGGUUGUAAAGGAUCUCCCACUGGGUCCAUACUCUUAUUGUUCACCUCCAAGCUCACUUCUAACUUACUUUUUCCCCACGGAGAGAGGAGGGAAGAUUUACUAUGAUGGAAUGGGGCAGGACUUGGCUGAUGUUCAUGGUUCUCUAAAGCUUGCAAUGACACACACAGAAUUUUACUGGUAUGUUGAUGAGGGUCUCACAACUGAAAAUCUGAAAAGUUCUCUGCUCCGCAGCGAGAUUUUGUUUGGGGCUCCUCUGCCUAAUUAUUACUCAGUAGAAGAUCGAUGGGAGGAGCAGCACAGGAAGUUCCAAAAUUUUGUGACAUCCUAUGUUAGUAUCCUGUCAAAAGAAUCCACCAGUAAAGUGCAAGUUCUCUACGGUGGGACAGAUCUGUUUGACUAUGAAGUACGGACCACGUUCAACAAUGACAUGUUGUUAGCCUUCAUUAGUAGCAGCUGUAUUGCUGUCCUGGUUUACAUUCUCACCUCCUGCUCAGUGUUCCUGUCCUUUUUUGGGAUCGCCAGCAUCGGACUGAGCUGCCUUGUGGCCCUUUUUUUAUAUCACGUGGCCUUUGGGAUACAAUACCUUGGGAUCCUCAAUGGAGUAGCUGCAUUUGUAAUAGUCGGCAUUGGAGUCGAUGAUGUGUUUGUUUUUAUAAACACGUACCGGCAGGCUGAUCAGUUCCGAGACCCUCAACUCCGUAUGAUUCAUACUGUGCAAACUGCUGGGAAAGCAACGUUUUUCACCUCAUUAACCACUGCAUCAGCUUAUGCUGCAAAUAUAUUUUCUCAGAUUCCAGCAGUUCACGACUUUGGUUUGUUUAUGUCACUGAUUGUCUCGUGCUGCUGGGUGGCUGUUUUAUUUAUCAUGCCUGCUGCACUGGGAAUUUGGAGCACAUAUAUUUCGCCUCUGGAGAACGCCUGCCAUACCAGCUGCAGUGAACACUGCCUGAAAAAUAACACACUGAAUGUAUAUGAGGACUUGCUCCUGGCUCAGGAUAUGUCAUCCCGGCCAAUCCAAGGAACUGUUCAGUAUUUAGACGAUGAUAUCCCCCUCCUGACAGUGGAAGACGACCCUGUUACCUUGGAGUAUGGUGAUGUGCCCCUUGUCUCAGUCCAGCCUGAUACAUUAGAACCAAAGACCGAAAGAGACCGUUGUGAUCAGGUGAUCAGAUGGCUGCAGACUCUUUUGCAUCAUUGUGUGUUGUGGACAACGGUGAAGGGCAGACACAUUACUGUAGGAGUUUUUGUGGUGGUCCUUGUCCUCUCUAUAGCAUUUGCUGCUCGUCUACGUCCAGCCAGCAGAGCCCCUGUGCUCUUUAGACCAGAAACCAAUAUUCAGCUGCUUUUGGAUCUUAAAUACAACCUGAGCGCAGAAGGAAUAUCCUGUGUUACAUGCUCAGGCUUAUUUCAGGAGAAGCCUCGUAGCCUUCAGAACAACAUCCGGACCUCAUCAGAGAAGAAGAAAAGAGGUUCUCUAUCCCAGUGGAAUGCCAGAACUGCUACCUCUGACCCCGCACAUCAGGAUUUACAAAGAACAGUAUAUGUUACAAGAUGCAAAUGGGAAGAUCGUAUUACAAUCUACAGACUGUCCUUUAACUCAACUGCACCAGCACCAUGGCAGCCGACCAUUCCUGGGGAGGAUGAAGUCUCCACAUUUCAGGUUUAUAAGGUUCCAUUCGGUAACUUCACCAGGAAGCUGACAGCUUGUAUGUCCACCAUAGGGCUUCCCACUGAAAUCUGCCCCAACAAGUGGAUGAUAACAUCUUCAUCAUGCGACAAUAGGAGAGGCUGGAAAUUCGACUUUAGUUUUUAUGCUGCAGAUAAAGAGCAACACUUCACAAGAAAAUUGUAUUUUUCUUUAAUGCACAAGAACCCAUCUCACGGCCGUGUCUGUAGCUCAGCCUCUGGAUGUCUCUUUGGCUCUGGACCUGAUGGACCUAACAAAGGCUACUUUUAUGUACCUAGUGAAAAAGGGGCUCCAAGAAAGUCUUCACCAACCCUAGGUUUUAAUCCCUGUUUAAACACCGCCUGUGGGAAGCCUGCAGUCCGCCCUCUUGUAGACACAGGAGCAAUGGUAUUCCUUGUUUUUGGAAUAAAGGGAAUUAAUCGCACAAGGGUCCCAGAUAACCACGUCCUAGGAGAUAUGGGCAGGGUGAUCUAUGAUGACAAGUUUGACCUCUUUAAAGAGAUUGGCAAUCUGUGUCGGCUGUGUAAGAUCAUUGCCAGUAAUUCUGAUCUGGUGAAACCAGGUGGAGCCCAGUGCCUACCGUCAGGUUACAGCAUAUCCACCUUCCUUCAGAUGUUACACCCUGAGUGCAAGAAUGUUCCAGAGCCAAACCUUCUCCCUGGACAAUUGUCCCAUGGUGCCGUGGGUGUGAAAGAUGGAAAGGUUCAAUGGAUCUCAAUGGCAUUUGAAUCGACAACCUACAAGGGCAAAUCUUCCUUCCAGACCUACAAAGACUACUUAAAAUGGGAUUUGUUCCUCCAGCAACAGCUGCUCCUUCUCCCUGCAGACUCUGCUUUGAAACGAGGGUUCCAGACAUGCGAGCACUGGAAGCAAAUCUUCAUGGAGAUCAUAGGGGUGCAGAGUGCCUUGUACGGACUUGUUCUGUCUCUGGUUAUCUGUGUAGCGGCAGUGGCACUCUUUACUUCUCACAUCCUGCUUUUGCUGCCAGUGCUGCUCACCAUAUUAGGAGUUGUCUGCCUGGUGGUCAUGAUCAUGUAUUGCCUGGGAUGGGAAAUGGGUGCCGUUGAGGCUAUUUCUCUGUCUAUCCUGGUUGGUUCAUCUGUAGACUACUGUGUACAUUUGGUGGAAGGUUAUCUUAUCGCAGGCGAGAAUCUUCCUCUGCACAUUAAAGAGAAUCCAGCGGGCUGCCGUCAGUGGAGAGCAUCAGAAGCCAUCCGUCAUGUUGGUGUCGCCAUUGUAUCCAGUGCAGUGACCACCGUCAUCGCCACCAUCCCUCUCUUCUUUUGCAUCAUAGCUCCUUUUGCAAAAUUUGGAAAAAUUGUUGCUCUUAAUACCGGCAUCUCCAUCUUGUACACGUUGACAGUCAGCACAGCGCUGCUCAGCAUUAUGGGACCCUGCACCUUCGUCAGGAGUAGGACUUCGUUUCUUAAAGCCACCCUGGGCAUUUUCCUCUGUGCUACUGGAGGCUUCUGUGUUUACAUUGUACUGCUUAAAACUGGGUUGAACAUCCCUAUCCUUAAUGGGACUCCUCCAUAAUGCAAACCUUUUUAUACAUAUUUUUUGUAUACAUCAUUUUUUUUGAAGGGCAGUUACUGUAGAGUGUGAGGAAGAGCAUUUGCUCUGUUUCUUUUGUUUUAGUACAGAUGCACUUUAUUUUUUUGUCUAAGUGAUGCACAUGACAGCAGAUAUGGUGCCAGCACAUGCGCCCGUUCAUCACAGAACUAUGGGUACCUUUGUAUUGCUGGAACACUCACAGCAGCACUAAUUUCAAUACUGUUUUAUACGGUUUUACAUUUGCGCAGACAUUAUAGGCACAACAGACGUGGCCUUAUUCACCAUACAUGGUGCAGAGACCAAUAGACUGAUAGAAGUCACCAAUGUUGUUGUUGGACAAAAAAAUAUACGUUUGUUUAUUAAUAUGCAUCACCGGAUUAUUUUGUCUCACUUACCAGAAGGUGAGGUUUGGUUUUAAACCCCUUAAGCACAAUUUGGUCAUUUAUAUUAAUAGAUACAUGGUAUUUAAGGACAGUGUUGAUAUAAAUACAUAUCUAGAGGGUCAAAGACUGAGAUGUUAAUGAGAUUUGGGCUAAUGUAUAUAUGAUAGCUAAGGCCUUAUACAUGUGCAGGCAGUCAACUGGCUCUGUGUCAGGCUUUAUGGCUGUAUACAUGUCUCAAUAGCACCCUGAUCUUAUACACAAACUCACAUAUUUACACACAUAUACA